AUGGGUAGCUCACAAUCGGUACCCUAUUACGACCAGCCGCGUCGCCAUCGCCACAGGAGCCGAGAACGAGAAUACUUUCGACCACCUGGUGGCUAUCGACGACCAGACCUUCUGCCGCAGUACGGACCGAGGGCCGUGACCCGAGAAGUCAGAGACCUAGAAAAGGACGUCAAGCGCAUCCUCGAGCCUUUUGAGGGCCAUUUCAACCCGUCCUCCGAUCCUCCGACCGCCUGCGCCUUGCUUGUUGACCACCUUGCUAUCAGGCGGAACAAGCGAUGUCUUCUUGCUUAUCAUCGAGGACGAGCUGAUAAGCUAGAGGAGAUGUGUUGGGAUGGUAAGGAUGUUCUGGAAGUACACCAAUCGAGGCAAUCCAGUACAGGUCAGGAAGGGUCGAGUGCCCCCUCAAACGAUGAGAGCUCCCUAAGCCCAGAAGAGGAGGAAUAUUUCAGACAAUAUAGCGAUAUGUUAGCAGCUUAUAAAGGUCAAUGGACUGAUAUCGACUUGACUGGGAGUCUGGAACCGCCAAAAGAUCUCUUCAUUGAUGUUAGGGUUCUGAAAGACGCUGGCGAGGUGCAGACGGAAUACGGGUAA